GUUAUCUUAUUGUGAGGUUCUUAAGUCGGCCACAGAGAGCGAGGCGACACAGUUCGAGGUGGUGUACUGAGUAAGGCUGAGCGUGGCUGACACUUUAAAACUUGUUAGGCUCUACGCGCUAUGUGGGGACGUCUGUUGAAGGUGUGCGUGGCGGUGACGGUGGCGGGAAUGGGAACGACAGCUGCAACAGAAGUGGGGUGUGUGUGUCCUAGCGAUGAGCGGGUGAUGAUGCUGGAGGAGCUAGUGUCGCGGCUGGCGGUUGUGGUGGUGGGUGACAGCGAUGGUCAUUUGGGUAGGAGGGUGGAGGCACUGGAGCAGGAGGCAGUCAUGCUCACUCUCCUCAACUCACGCCUCAAGUCCCUAGAAGCUGAGCAGCACCUCCUCAACGAAGAGCUGGCCAAUGUGCGGCGGAGCUCGAGGAGGUGGCGGCGAGAAGUGGAGGCUCUGAAGCAGGAGGUGGUGCAAUGCGAGACCUUGGCGGAGAGGAAAGCGGACCAGUACUACCUCUCACUUAACGAUACCAUACUUAAGAUUGUGGCGAAAAGGGAACACGAGGUCAACGCCUCUCUGUCUGACCUGCGCCGCCGCUUGCACAACCUCACACAUGACCUGCACGACCUUCAGCAGCAGACUCGCCACCAGCCUCUGCUAUUGUGCCCGAAGCCUUACGUCAAAGUGGGCGGGCAGUGCUUCCACCUGCUGACGGGCAGGCGGAACUGGGCCCAAUCCAGGAUGGCAUGCAGGGAGCAGGGCGUGGCGGUGGGCGGUCACGGGGAUCUGGCCACACCCGCAAACUUCACAACUUUCAGAUUGUACAUCGAAGCACUGCAAACAGACUCGUCGUUCUUGUGGGUAGGAGCCGUGCGUGAGGCGGGCAAGUGGCGAUGGGUGUCUAGUGCAGCACAAGGGGAGGAUCUGAUGAGUGUUCCUUGGGACUACGGAGAGCCUGACAACACUCCGGACCAGCAUCAACUCUGCGUCCAUUCCCUCGGCAGCAUCAAGUUCCACGACUGCACGCGCACAGCCAUGCUGUCCGCUGUGUGCCAAGUGACGUGAACCAUUCUACUGUAAACGAAACACACACACAUACACACACACACACACACACACACACACACACACACACACACACACACACACACACACACACACACAAAACAAGUAAAUGAUCAGUGGCAUCUCUCAACAAUGCUAUGGGUGAAAAGUGAAAUGAUUGCUGUGUACAAAUAAAGCUGUAACCAGAAUAUUAAUAAAGAAAAGUAUAUACAUGUAA